AACAACCAAUUUUGGCAAGAGUAAAAUGUUUUCUUUUAGGAUCUUAUUUAUGUCGCCAGAAGCCUUCCGCCAAAACCGCUGCACCCCAGAUCAGUCCCACCAAAGGCGGUAGCGGGUCCACCUUGAUCCAACAACUCCUCCAGGAAUCCGAAGAGGCGCUCGAGGGACAUGCGAGAGAAUUGAAUCAUAGACCUGGAAGGAACCACGAGGGUCAUCUCGUCUAACCCCCUUGCAGGCAACGUCGUCAUGGAAACGCCACUGGAAACGCCCCCUGCGCCCUACACCCCCUCAUCUGAGGCGCGCGCCGAGCCACGUCGGACGUCACACUCUCGGAGGCGCCGGGGGCGGGGCUCGUUUGCGUGCGCAUGUCCCUCGGCGGCCGCCACCCUCCCCAUUGUUGACUAGGCGGAGCCGACGGAAGCCGGCAAGGCCGCCGCGCAUGCGCCGCGCUGCGUGAGGCAACUCCGGCCGUCUUGUGUGGCGUUUCUCCCCGCCCCGCAGUCAUGGCGGCGGAGCAAGAGGCCUUGAAGGGCGGCAGCGCCGUCAGCGGCCGGAACCGGGGCGGCGUCCAACGCGUCGAGGGCAAACUCCGCGCCAGCGUGGAGAAAGGGGACUAUUACGAGGCACACCAGAUGUACCGGACGCUGUUCUUCAGGUACGCCGGGGCGCCGCUCGCGCUUCGUUUCACACAUAGCCCCCCCUCCCCCCUCGCGCCGCCGUGAAUAUACUCCUCGCUUCGCCCCGCCUCUUUCCAGACGCUUCUAAUUGCGCACCAGUAGUCCUCCGCGCGCACGCCCCCGCCCUUUCCCCAAUACGAUUGGCUGAGCCUCUUGCCUUUCUCGAUUCGCCGAAGCUCUAUUGGUCGAGAAAAGGGGCGGGGUUCGCGGGAGGGAGGAGGGGGCUCUCGGUGUGUCUCCCCAUCUAUGCGAAACUCCGGAUCAGGAGAGAGCUGGAGGGAGAGUAAGGGGGGCAGAGUUAAUGAGUGAGGCAUUUAGAGUCGUCUGUAUGUGUAUACGUACCUGUAGGUAGGUAGGUGGGUGGAUGGAUGCUCCUCUAUACACGCACACAAACCCCGCAUAUACGCAUACUUACAAAACAGAUGUUGAAGCUUGCUAUAUACAGACACACACACACCAUAGAAACAGAGAAUUGUAGAGUUGGAAGGGGUCCCCAGGGUCCAUCUAGUCCAGCCCCCUGCAAUGCAGGAAUCACAGCUAAAGCAUCCAUGACAGAUGGCUAUCCAACCUCUGCUUAAAAGCCUCGAAGGAAGGAGAGUCCAGGAUCUCCCGAGGGAGAACGUUCCACUAGUGAACUGCUCUCACUGUCUCCUGCACGCAAGCAGAGACCCACAAAACAAAUACACAUACUUACAAAACAGAGAUGUUACAGGCUUAAAGCAAACAGCUUUGCUAUCCACCCUCUGCUGCCCUGAUGCAAUGUGGUUCACGUCAGAGCAGCUGAAAAGGGCGGAAGCCAGCUCAUCUUGCUUUAUGAGUUUUAAUAUAUGUGUUAAAUUACUGCAAUGGAAAUAUGGCUGUAGUGCUUUAAUUGCAGCCUUCCAAGAUCCGGUGCAAACUGGUCAGAAGUGCUGUUCAAUGCAUUUAAAAUUGCCCUGUGUAAUAUAUUCAGUGAGAGAGUGAUUAAUAGGUUUAUUGUGCCAAUGCUUUCAUGUGUAAGUUGGUGCCCACUUUGUCAGAUGCAUGGUUAUCCUUAGUUGGCAGAUAUAUUUUGGCAUGCUUUGGGGGGGUGAGGCGGCAAGGACAGUAAACAAUGGGUUGAAAAGACCAUGGAAUGCAAGAGUUAUACAUUGCGUGACAUUUCUGUUCAAAGCUGAAAUGUAGACCUGGUAAGUGCAGUAAGCAUUUGCAGUACCAGUAACUGGAAAUAGCAGUCUUUCUAGCAUUUUCUUCUGUUGUAGCAAAGUGAUGUAGCUACUUCUCUUUAAUCUUGCUUAGUACAACACUCACUGUCAGCCAGUGAUUUUAAUUAGCGGUAGGUUAUUAAGGAACUAUUGCUGCUUCAUUCAUCACUUAAUGAGUAGAAUCUAUUCCACAGAAUUUUGGGACAGCCACCAACUUGGGUAGCUCUGACAAGGCUUAAACAAAUUCAUAGGAAGUAGUUGCUCUCAGUCACUAAUCUUGACUGCUAAAUAGAGCUUCCAUUUUUCAGAAGCAGUCGACCACUGAGAACUAUGUGGGGAGAGCACAAAGUGUGCUGCUGACACAUUGCUGAACUAGAUAGACUUCUUUGAUCUAGCAAGGCAUUGGUUAUUUUACAACCACCUUUUAUAUCCAGCAAGUGGAUAGGCAUCUUAGUGAUAUUUGAGAAGGGAAAGCUAUGUUUAUUUUAAGAUUCAGAAAUGCCUUGUUUCAUAAGCUAUUGUAGGCUGGAUCUUGCUUCAUCAGAUGUAUCUGACCAAGCAGGCUUCAGCUUGUCAAAAUCUAUGACACAAUGUAACUGUUACUCUGGGAGCCUUCAAAGUAUACUUACUUUGUAUACUUUGUAUACCUACUUCAUCAUCAUCAUCAUCAUUUAAUUGUAUGCCUCCUUUCCAUAGUUAAAACCAUAGUCAAGGCAGCUUACCAACAUGAAAAGAUUAAAAAAAUUACAAACAUAACAAAAGGAUACAUAAGCCACAACAGAUAAAUAAAAUACAUUGAAAAAUACACAACCGUAAUUGAAGACUUUCCACAUAAAUCAUUAUAAGAUCUAAGAAGAAAGAUACAAAAAAUUAUUAUGAAUAACAGCAACAAAAACCCCUAAACAAUACUGCAGCUCAGGAAUCUGUUCAGCAACCUCAGCUUUGGUAGCUGGAGUCAGUCAGGACACCAACCUCCCAGACCAGGUGGAAAAGAUUAGCAAUGCAGGGUGCAGGGAGGUAAGUCACUUGGUAUUGGUUGGAAAUAAAUGGUAUUGGUUUUUCACGACACUUGGUUCUCAUUAUAAGCAUGAUUAUAGGUUUUUUUCUUUUCAAUUGACCUCAUAGCUGUCAACGUUUCCCUUUUUUAAAGGGAAAUUCCCUUAUUCUGAAUAGGAUUCCUCGCAAGAAAAGGGAAAAGUUGACAGCUAUGGUUGAACUACUUAACCUCUUCACCUUUAGAACUUGCAGCAGAUGGCAACAUAUUUAAACAAAGCCAGCAAGUAAAGAUGCACAGUUAAAAUAAGGCAUUCUGUACAGGAGAAAUCCUUUUACCUGUACAGAAAGUCUUGGAACAAAUUCAUUGUAGUGUGUAUGACAGGAUAGCUAAAGUGUUAAUGAGUAAGUAUAAUCUUUUGAUUAGUUAUCUUUAACGUGCAGCCAGUAUCCCAGUCAACCUGAAGUACUGGGAUAAUGGAGAGGAUAUUUGGGAUUAUAAGCAGAUGCAUUUGAGGUCAGGGUGUAAAACAGGUUAAGGUGGAAGCAUUUACAUCCAAGUUCCAUUACUUCAGACAAGAGGUAUAGAGUAGAAGAAACCUUGUUCUUUAUCAGGAGUGGGAGAAGGGAUUCAAUUUGUGGCCAUAGUGGAAAUUGUUAUUGCUGCCUUGAGUCUUGCAGCUAGAAGAGGGAAAAUAUUUUAAUGUGUGAGCUGAGUCAAGCACUAUCAUAGAUCAAAUAUUUCCCCAGAGGUCUGGUUGUAAUUGCAGUAGUUUGAGGCAAUGGUAAAUGCAUUGAUGGGUAGAAAAAUGGCAAAGGUCUCAUUGACUCAAGCUAACUGAGUUGGUAUUUUGUACUUUCAGGUUGGAGUUGAUAAUUGCACCUCAGUUUCCCUCUUUACCUUCCUCUUGUCUCAUUUCCUUACCCAUUUGAUACAAAACCUUAUACAGUAUAAAUCAGAGAAAUUGAAGUAUUUGAAUAUAAGGCAUAACUUGCAUUGGGAAAAUAUUUCUAUGGCACUUGGAAAUAUAUUCAAGGCAUAUUGGGAACAUGGGCAUUUAUGCUUCCAUUACAAUUACAAAUCACCAGCUAUUGCAGAAAUUAUCUUACUUGUCUGCAAAAAGCCAGUUGUGAGCAUUAUCCGUGGGAGUUGUAUAGUCCAGAACGUCUGGAGCACCCCACAUGGUCUAUCCCUGAGUUAAAUCCCCACAAACAACCCAUGAGAGGUUUGAUUGAGAGAGUAUCUGGCCCAAGGCUGCCUAGUGAACAUCAUGGUUGAACAGGGGUUUGUACUAUCUGCUAGUUCCUUUCUCUGAGGUUACAGCUUCUGGAGAGGUUGGUUGUGCUACUCCGUUGUAGCAAAAACAUUGGACUGUUGUAGAACCUUAAAUAUUAACUACAGUAUUUUAAUAUUUAAGUGGGUGGCGCUGUGGUCUAAACCACUGAGCCUAGGGCUUGCCAAUUGGAAGGUAGGUGGUUCAGAUCUCUGUGACAGGGUGAGCUCCUAUUGCUCAGUCCCAGCUCCUGCCAACCUAGCAGUUCGAAAGCAUGUGAAAGUGCAAGUAGAUAAAUAAGUACCGCUUCGGCGGGAAGGUAAACGUUGUUUCUGUGCACUGCUCUGGUUUCGUCAGAAGCAGCUUGGUCAUGCUGGCCACAUGACCCAGAAAAACUGUCUGUGGACAAAUGUCGGCUCCCUCGGCCAGUAAAGCGAGAUGAGCGCCGCAACCCCAGAGUCGUCCGCGACUGGACUUAACUGUCAGGGGUCCUUUACCUUUUAUUUUAUUAUGGUGUAAGUUUUUACUUUUCUCAGGUUAGGGUUGAUAAUUGCAUGUCUUGGCUUUUGUCUUUUUCUUCCUCAGGCCCAUUUCUCUUACCCUGCAAAUACAAAGCUUUUUGCAGAUUUGAGAAAUUGGGACACUUGAUCAAGUCAUUUCUGAAACAUAGGUCCAUGCUGCAGUACAUUCAAGUCAACUGAACCGCUCAUUUGAAAUGGAAAAUAAAAUGAGGUUGGAUUCCUUAAAAGGUUGAUAUAUCAUUUGUCACUGAGAGCAGCUUGUAGAAAUAUGGGGAUAUAUAACAUUUUUAUAAAAAAUGAAUGCUGAAGCCUGGGUGUAAAGAGAUUUUCAGCAAACAAGUUGCAAUAACAUUUAAAGUUGUUUGUUAGCUGCUUUAUAGAAAAAAAAAGUAUCAAAGUGAUUUAAUGAGAUAAAAUAAAAGAGUUAAAUACAGUCAAUUAAAAGCCAAGAAUAUUGAAACCAAUGUACAAUGCAACAUUCCUAAAAUGUUCAUCCCACAUUAGAAUGAGGACAAGUCCUACUCCUCCCCACAUGCACAAGAUGACACCACACUAGAGGCUAGCUUAACAACUAAAGGCCUGAGUAAAGGUUUUUGCUGAUGAAGACUAUAGGGGUCAGGGUUGGUUCAUGUGGGGAAAGGUGGUCUUUGUGGUAUUGGGGUCCUUGGCCACAUAUGGCAGUUUGAAUUGAGCAUGGAAAUUAAUUGGUAGCUAGUGCAUUUGGGCCAGUUUCUGUGUAAUAUUCUCAGACCUUUGGGUCUCAGACAGCAAUCUGACUGCUGAAUUCUGCAUUACCUGUAGUUUCCAAACUGUAUUCAAAGGUAGCCUAACUGUCUUUGUGUAAUCUAAUAAGAGCAUAGACAACUGAUGCUAGACAUAGCCUUCCAUUUUCUGAUCAAGAUUGAGAUAUACACGCCAAAAUUUAUUUGGCACACAAGUCUUUUUAUUUGGAUCAAGGCAGUUGAAUGAGCUUGUUAAAAGUACUUAGUUCACUUUUAAAUUCUAUUUAUAGACAAGCAAUACAAGAAACCUUUGAAAUGUCCUUUGUGAACUGGUCUGAAGUGGUAGGUUUUAGGAUGCUUUAGAUGGCAUUGAGUGCACAGUUUGAAUUCUGUUGAAAGCCAGCAGUGUGGGGCAAGGCUCAAGAGUGCUUGAAAGAUCACAAAAGAAGCUCAUGUCCCAGAUGUUGUGUAAGGGUAUCUGUUUAAGUAGUUCAAACGCUAGUGAAAACUACUGUAGAGGAAAUGGCAAUUGUACAUAUUGUAAGGACGUCAUAGAAUCAUCUGUGAACUGUUAAGAGUUUGAAAUUGUUUUUUGUUUUGUUUUCUGUACCUCCUCACCCCUAUCACUGCAUAUUUACCUAAGCUGUUGGAUUUGUUAGAUUAUAAACAUCUGAACGUUAGGUCUCAAGGAUGUCCUUGAGUUUGUGCCGACGAUAAAUUGAUAAAAAGUAGAUCUCAUUGUGACAAGUUUGGAAAUAUGUUGAUGCGGUACUUGUGAUGAUUUGGGCAGUACCUGCCCUCUUUGUACCACUGUGGUCUGGGGUGCUUUCAGGUGCUGCAUAGCAAACUUGUGGAUGGUAUCUUCUCCAAACUGCAUGGUUGCAAAGUUAAUUACAGUUCUGCUAUAUUAUUUAUAAUUCCAGAAAACCUGAGAGGUGCAAGCUUUUCCUUCUAUAGUUCAUCCAUUUGUUUUAUGUUGUGUCAUUUCUGUAAACAUAACUGAUGAAACAAAAAGUCUGGGAGCUAUUAAUUGGAGCAUAACAUCAGCUUGAUGUUCUUAGUUAGUGCCGAUACUCCAGAGCAGUGGAAAAUAAUGGUCUGGACUCUUAGUAAAACAGUCAAGGUUAUGAUUAAACCAUGAUCAGAGCUGUGAUACUGGGCACUGCACAAAUUCGGUGCCAAGAAAAAUGGGAUUUGGUGACCUCUGCAAGGUAAGCAUAUUAAACAAAUCUGUUUCCAUUUUUGCAUAAUACUGUCGGAUAAUUAUGGAAGGAAUCAAGGAGCCUUUUUCUGGUUUUGUGAUUUCAUUAAGUAUUGCCCAUUUCCUGGCCUAUUUUCACAUAUAGCUGUACCAUUUAGAAACCUAUGUUUUUGCAAAAGAAAAAAAGAAAGAGAAAAUUUGAUGCACUCAGGAGAACUGUAUCUGAUUCGGACUGAACCAAAACUAGAGUAGAACUGCAAAUCAAUUUACCCCUUGUGAAUUGUAUCCCCAAUCUUGGCAAUAAAUCAGGGGCUGCAAAACAGAGUAAAUAUCACCCUCUCUGAUUUGUCUUUGUGAUCUCAGGAUUGGCUGUAUGGUGCCCUGAUGUUAUAAUUCUGAUUGCAUGUUCCUUAAUUGGCUAGUUCAGAGAUUAGCAGGAAGAAUGUGGUUUUAAAAUGGCUUUAAAAAACAACAGUGUGGCUGAGCAAUUGCAGAGAAUGGCAGUAAGAAAAAGUGCAAAACACAAACACAACCCCAGGAUAUUUUGGAGAAUGUUUGGGGUUGCCAAAACUCCCUUUUUUACACCGAAAAUACCCAUAAUUUUUUGUCUGCCCUAUAAGGAGGCUAUAAGGAGUUGGGGUGAAUCUCUACACUGAAUGAAAAGGUUCUGAAAUAAGGUACUUCCUAGAAUGUAUGGAAUAGCUUGAGCUAAUAUGGUAUAUGAUUUUGAUCUUUGAGGGCGGGAGCAUUGGUACUGAAGCUUUCCUAGGGUGCAGCAAUUUCGAAGAUAGACAGAUGUGUGCACUGUAAACACCUGCAGUCUGCAUGCUUCAGCUGCUCUGUGUGGUGCUAAUCAUUUGCUAUUUCCAUCCCAUCCAUGAUGCGGGUGUUAGUGAGCAUAGGAUCUGUUUGGUCAUGCAGCCCAUAUGACAAGGGCUACUACACAGUGAACAUGUGCCCCCCCCCCAAAAAAAGUGUCUGCAUUUUGAGGUUGCCUGCUAUGCCAUCUUCCUGAGAUUCUGGUUUGGCAUGCAAGUAUCAAACCCACGUUGCCAUCUGGUCACACUUUUACUGCCUGUCCAAAUUUACCGAGGCUGUCUAUUUCAGCUGCUGUUAACUGCUGCUUUGCCAUAUGCCACACCCUGCUUGGGGAUUUUAGAUGGGAAAGCAGCAGCCUGAAGGACCGAUUCAUUGUAAAUGUAGUGCACAUAACACUGGUGUCUAGAAAUCAGCAGGGGCUUGGCAAAUUCAGGAAAGCUGGAACCAGUGGCAGGGUGUGGUGGGUUUUGAAAGUGCAAGGAAAAGGCUACAGGGGAUUGUGGGGGGCCACUCGGUCAGGAUUAGAGAUAGCCGCCUCCAUCCUCCUGCAGACAUUGACCUGCAGAAGAAGAGAGCAGGUUCUAUUUCCUCGGAGGCUAAUACUGACAAGCCAUGGCUGGAGGGGGCUUUCUGCACUGUGGAGAGAAAAUAAAUGAGAUAUUUCUUUUUAAGGCUUGGUGCUGCUGCCAAAGACAGCUGGGUGGCAGCUCAGUGGGAAAACAGUUCUUAAAUAAUGCUGUCAUAUUCAUGUGGUGAAUCUUCAUUUACAUACUAGGUGUUGUUUGGCUUUUUGUUUCGAUUUUCGCAGUCUUCUCUCUGUCAGUUUUCUUGUCUUCUCAGUUGGUGGGCAGGAGGAGCAUCUCUCCUCGCCAGGAAUAUAUGGAUUCGCAGUGGGAUGCCAAGAACACUGUGCAGCAGUCUGGUUUUUUGGAGGGUUGAGUGGGGUGGGAGUUUGCUUUCUUCUUUGAGACCAAGGAAUGCUCAUAUGCAUACAUUCUCUCAUUAGGUGGGUACCUGUGUAAAUUGGCCCCCUAAGAUUGAGGGGCAAUUCAAAAUACAUUUCUCUUGAACACCUUCCAUGAGUUUUUGUUUGUUCCUGCAGUCUGCGGCAUCUCAUGAUUUAAAAGAUAAAAAUCCAUUCAGUACAAAGCAUUUUCAAACAUAUGCUAGCUUGCCUCUUUCUGCUGUAUUCUGAAUACCUUUCACUCUUUUUCCCCCCAUGUGCAGGUACAUGUCACAGGGCAAACAUGUGGAAGCUAGAGAACUGAUGUAUUCGGGGGCCCUCUUGUUCUUCAGUCACAAUCAAGUAAGACCCAUUCAAAAUGGUGUAAAUGUAAUAAAUAUUGAACACUGAAAGAUAGCGGUGGGAAUGCCCUGAUGAAUGCUGGGUUGUGGCCAACUGCAGCAGUUUUAAAGCAGCCUAACAAUCUGCUACUUAUGCGCUUACCUGGUGCAUGAGCAGUUACUCUGGGAAAGCACUGAGGUGGCAAAUGCAUCUGCUGUGCUUAUGUCUCUCUCUUAGCGGCCCUUUGAAGUUAGGAAAGAGAGAGGAUCAUUAUUGCCCAAACAAUAAGUAUUUUAAUAUAUAGCACAGGGCAACUCUGGAACAACUGCUCAGAUUGCCCCUCUUUCCUUUCUCCCUCCCCCCCCCCCAAUCUUUGAAGGCUGGAAGAGAGUAUCUGAUGCAACAGUGUGCACAGCCUCAGCUCUUCCACUUCUCCUACUGCCUUAGAGAGAAACCUUUUAAGUUUAGAAAAAUGGAGAGCUGCCUGGCUUCAUGGUUGCAUUGUUGAAUGAGUGGUAGCAGCAGCCUAUGUAAGACAUAAGCACACCCUAAAUAAUUGAUUCUUAGACUAUUGCAAAAGCUCUCUACAAAUAGAAUAUAAAGAUAGCAGCCUUCACCAGCAUAUUUGUGCUGGUUUGAAUAAAACUGUUCAGAACUCUCGGGGAAAUUAGUCCAAGCAACAUUAAUGACACAAUCCAAGUGGGGGGGUUUUUAUAUAUAAUUUGUGACAUAUACACCCCCCACCCUGCCCUCUUAAUGUUGAUGGUUUACUUCAAUCUAUUCAGUAUUGUUUCUUCUGUAUCUUCUAGCAAAACAGCGCUGCUGAUUUGUCCAUGCUAGUUCUAGAGACGCUAGAGAAAUCAGAUGCAAAAGUUACAGAUGAGCUAUUAGGUAAGAGCUUCUUCGGUUUUUGUUUCAUAGUUGGGCACCUAGAGUUCUGAGGUGUAAGCAGUAGCGUCAAGUGCUUUGAUUCCUUUUUUUUGUUUUGGUCCUCUGUCACCCUGAGUUGGGAGAACUUAAGAAUUGUCUUCCUGGACCAGAACAGUUCUGAUCUAGUCCAUCACUAUUUCCAUCAGUGGCCAGCCAGGUGGCUCUGACAACUUACAAACCGUGUGUGAAGGUGAUAGCUAUCCUUCGCUUUUUGUUGUUUUGCCUUACUUACCUGAGAGAUGCUGCUUCUGAACACCAAACAUGAGCUACCAUGGCUAGAAGCCUCUGCUAGACCUAUCGUCGACUGAUGCCAAGUUACUGAAAAAUAAACUAUUAUAAUGAACUGACCAUGGUUCUGAGUAAACUAGAGUUGUUUGUAGGUGGAGCGUGAUCUUUGGCACUAUCCUCUCCCCAACACAGGCACAACCUGUAAUGUCUGCACAAUAAUUGACCUCUCUGCCGUUUUGAUGGACAGCCACUUCUCCAGUCUGCUUGGCGAUGCGCUCACUGCUUGCGGGUCGACCUUUUUGCCCUUUACUUAUCAGACUGCCUGAUUCGGUAAGCAUGCAGUUGAUAUAGCUCUUCACACAAGCUGCCCGUCUGGAAAUCCUUUGGAGAGUCUUUUCCACGUUGACCACUGAUCCAGGGGUUUGUGGACAGAACGAAGGCCGGGAGAGAAAGAGUUUUGUAGCUUGCCAACCUGGCAACUUACCUGGUGUCCUGCAACCCAACUCCAUCUUCAGGCUUUGGUCCUUGACAGCAUCCUCUGAUGGAAGAUAUUCUCUUCACCUGCCUGAAAUUAUGGUAGAUUCAGAACAUCUGUGUUAAGCCAUUCAACAAGGGAACUUGCCCCCUGACGUGCCAUCACGUAUUAGGAAAGGGUGUGGCUCCUUGCACUGCAGCGGAGAGGUCAAUUAGGUGUUCCUUGCUGAUUUCUAUCUAAAGAAACUCACGCUUUAAAGACGUUUUAACUGAGUAUAUUCUGGUAAUUUUACACGACCUUUGUGUUUAAACAAAAAGGAUGCAGUUGCCGUUAAAAAAAUGUUCAGCUAAGUGUUGCUUGUUGUGGUUGCUUCUAGAGAACCUGGCCAAAGUGUUCAGCCUGAUGGAUCCAAAUUCACCUGAAAGAGUGGCCUUUGUUUCCAGGGCGCUGAAAUGGUCUAGUGGCGGAUCAGGAAAACUUGGGCAUCCAAAAUUACACCAGUUGCUAGCCAUCACGCUGUGGAAAGGUAGGAACAGUUAAUGUAAGUGGCCAUUAAGUUGGUUGGCUGCUUGCUCUUCAAAAGAUCCAGAUACUGGCUUUGUUUGCAUGUAAUGUUCUACCAUGAAUAUGCUGAACCCAGUCAAUUUAUUCCUCCCUGCUCAUGCCAGGAAGAAACAAACCAUGAUCCAUGGCUUAGCGUUACAUACAAGCUCAGGGUAAUCAUUUGUUUUGCUCCCAAUGCACUACAAUCUGUAGUGGGCGAAACAGACCACAGUACCUGGUUUGGACAUAAUGUGAGACCAGGGAUUGUGGUUUGCUUCCGCUGUGCUCUAAUGAGACAAACAGGAAAGGCAAGUUCAUGAACUGUGAUUUACUGUGACUGGUGUACCAGGCCACUGUGGCCUAGAUCUAAAAAGAGUUCUAUGCCCUAAAGGGGACUUUGAAGAGCAGCUCCCAUACUGCACUUCCAAUCACGUCUGAAACUGAGAGGGAUCUCCAAAGUGAUCUGGGCUAUCGAAUUGAGGGUGGGUCUAUAUGUCCCAACUGGCACAUGCAGACUGGUGGGAAUACUUAAAAUAGUUCUCUCAAGAGCAUAGCUUGCAUCUUUUAAAUGUCUUGUUUUAAUGCUCAGCCUUGAAGCCUAUCAGACUGGAGUGAAAGAUCUUGGCUUGUAAAAUACUAAACCUGGUCUGGCCCGAUUGCUUGAGAUUAUGGCAACUUGGAUUAGUGUGUGUUCAGUGUCUGCUUUAUUUUUAAGUCUGGGAUGAACACAACAGAGAUAAAUUAGGAACUUGGCAGCAUGUCUCUAGAUUUUUUUAGGCCUCCGAUCCAUCAUAUCCAUACAGUAUUGACACCUGCUCAAUAGACUUCUUUUAACAUGAAUGUAUUUCAGUAUCUUACUACAUUGUAGUACAUAUGUUAUAAAAUACAGCAUAUAUUCUUUUUUAAAGAAUAUUCAGCUUUAGGAACGUAGGAGGCUGCCUAAUAAUAAUAAUAAUAAUAAUAAUAAUAAUAAAUUUUAUUUAUAUCCCGCCCUCCCCAGCCAAAGCCAGGCUCAGGGCGGCUAACAACAAACAAAUAAUCAAACCAUCAAAUAAUCCAACAUUCUAAAACAUUUCAUUAUAAAAAUUAAUUAAAAUCAAAUUAAUGGCAACCGUUAAGCAAAGUUCUGUGCAGGUUCCCAGAGGAGGGAGUCAGGCUGGGCCCUGACCAAAGGCCUGGUGGAACAACUCUGUCUUGCAGGCCUUGCGGAAAGAUGUCAGGUCCUGCAGGGCCCUAGUCUCUUGUGACAGAGCGUUCCACCAGGUAUAUACUGAGUCAGGCCAUUGGUCCAGCUAGCUCAGUAUUGUCUACACUGACUAGCAGCAGUUGCCCUGGAUUUCAGGCAGGGGACAUUCCCAGCCCUCCCUUAAACUGCCAGGGAUGGAUCCUGGGACCUUCUGCAUACAAAGCAGAUGUCCUUUCGUUGAGCUGCAGCCCUUCACCAAAGUUUGUUCAUAUUCUAUGCUGCUGUCUCCACCCUCCACACAAAUUCAAGCUGCGUUUCAAGGAAAUUCAUAAUUCUUUUUUACUCGGUUCAUAGUUUGUCGCUAACAAAAUUUUAUCAGCCACUGUUUGACCUGUUAGAAAUAUGAAGGGAGUGGGGAGAAGGGGGCAGGUGGGUAGAGUGGAGCAUGUAGAGGGAGGGCGGAUCAGGGAUCUUGCAUAUUUCUGACCUCUGAUAACCCUCCGAAAUGACUCUCAGGCUUUCUGUGCAUUCAUAUGGACUAGAAACUUUAAAAACAAAGUAGAACAUUAUGUGAAUUAAAUGAAAAUAGGGUAGCACCUUACUGUGUUUUGUGAAAGAUUACAGAGCUGUGUGGCACCACUUAACCUCAUGGUUUACUUUAGAUAAAGCUACCAGGCUGGCGGCACAAAGAUUUUCCACACCUAUUAAACACCUUUCUACAUGUACUAGAGAAGAUCUGGCUCAAAUCCAAUCUAAUCCGUGUUUUAGCACUCUAUUUAAAAUUUCCUAUACUUAUAAAAAUAGAUCAAGACCUGGCUCAUCACCUUACACUGCAGUUUAUUGUAAUGAGAAACUGACAGAUAAACAAGUAUUAGGGAAUUUAAAAAUAUUAGAGGACUAUGGUCUAAUUUGAGAUUGCAAAUAUGUUGAAAAAUGUAUUAACACAGAGUUGCUGAUACUGGCAACUCUCGCCUCCCAUUAUUUUUAGUCUCUACAAAUAAGUUAGGUAGUGACCUCCAUAAGUGCUAAGCAUAACUCAUUGAGUGACUGCACUAACUAACUAACUAACUAACAAUCAGAGACACUAUAGGUCAGCUAUGUAAAAUCUCAGCAAAUUUAGAUACUAUUAGUCAUCCCUUCCUAGGUAGAUGGGAAGGUGAGGUUAAUGACAAUAUUCCACAUACAGCAUGGAAAUGGAAAUAAAAUCCACAUUUCACACUCCGUUUGAAUCUUUUUUUCUUUUCUUUAUAAAUUAUUCUUCAGGAGAUAUUUAACUUCAUGAAAACUAAGCAGAAUAUACAAAAACACAACAGAUAAAUGUUGGAGAUGUAACUGGUAUCAUGCCCAUUUUUAAACUAUAUUUUGGGCUUGCCCUCAAAUUAGAAAUUUGGUUCUGAUAAUAAGUGAAAUGGAAAAUAACACCAGUUAAGAGACAUCUGUUGAUCUCUUAAUCAUUCAUCUAGGCUACCUGAAAGACAUAAUAGUUAAUACAUUUACUGACAGUGGCCAAAUUGUCAACUCGAGAAAGGUCAACCCAACAUCCUUUGAAAAACGCCUUUUAAGAAUCUGGGAUGUAGCCUAUAUGGUUAAAUUUAUUGAUUUCAUAAGAAAAAGAAAGGGAAGACAUGAGAAUGACAAGAGAGUGGCAUUUGUUAAUUCAUUAACAAAGACCAUUAGGCAUGCUCAAUUAAAAACAUACUUAGCUAGGAACAAUCUAAUUAAUCACUUUCCUUUUUUUAGGUUUUUUAAUUUCCUUCUUAAUGAUACCUGGAAAAUUCAGAAGAAUUAUUUUAAAAUGAUUUAUUCAUCUAUUAAUUUUAGGAAAUCUAAAAUAGCGAACUAAUUAUUAACUUACAAUUGAGAGAUAGGUAUUUUAUUUUCACCAGUCACUGGCCUUUGCAGUCAGAGUAUAAAAUGCAAAAAACUAAGCAGGGAAAAUUAUCAGACCAAAUAAAAGCACCAGCCAUUGCAAUUUGUAUACAAAAUAUGAACACAAGAAUGAUGCUAAGCAGAUAAAACCACCAAAAUCAAUUAGAAUUUUAAAAUCAUACAAUUCUAAAAACUAGGGCAUUCUUGUGGUCCUUAUUUUGAUGGUGGUUGCUAAUAAUUUUAAAGUGUCUGCUUUCACCAGCCUGUUAUGAUCUGCAAGGAAUAAACUUUUUUAAAUAAAUAAAAUUUUACUUACUAGUUUUCAACAAUGUAUAGGCAGAACAAGAUGUUUUCCCCAUUUUUACCCUCCUCCCCUGGAACAGAAGAUUAAUGUAUAAGAUUUUGCCAUAAAUCCACAUGCGUGGUCGGAGUAUUUUAUGAAGGAUUGCCAAACUUCAAUAAAAACAUCCACAUCAUACAUAUUGUUCAAGGCAUAUACCUUCUUCUUAAGUUUUUAUCCGAAUAAAAUGUAUGCCCUAUCUCCAUUGUGUGAUACGCAGAUAUUCAAGUCCUUUCUAAUCCUGCACUAUUAGUAAUUGUGCCGCCACCAGAAGAAAAGUAGUAAGUUUGUUAUAUAAUGAAGCAAGUUGCCCUUCCUUAAGCAUUGUUAAUUGACCCAAACUUUCAUUACCCAAUACUUUCUGAUUGUUACUUAUUUCAGCAAAUACUGAUUCCAAGAAUGGUUGUACUAGUUCAUAUGUCCUCCACAUGGAAUGUGGAAUGUUCUACCAGUUGCCCAGCAUGUAGGUGAAGAUGUUCUAUGUAUGUCUUAAGAGAGUCAUAUGCCACUUGUCAAUGAACUUAAAGGAGUUUUCUCUUACACAUGUUGAUACCGAUUUUAAAGGGCUUUUUGCCCAUUGGUUGUUCUAGUCAGCUUCUUCAAUUUCAGUGCCUAAGUCUGUUUCCCAAAGUUGUUUGGUGGCUGAAUGUUGCCCAACAGCAAGAUCAUUGAGUAUAUAAUGUUUUUUUAGAAUGCUCAGCCACAUUUAAAACUAAUUUUUCCAAAAGUCUCAAUGGUGCUUGGGAAUUAACUUCUGGAUUUGAAAUAAAUUUGUUGACCUCACCCAAACUUUCCAUAAUUUAUUCUGCUCCAAGAAUGUUAUCAUUUUCGUAGAGAUUACCUGGUCUGUAUAAGCCCUUUCCUUUCCAUUUUACAUCAAAUAGGUUUCCUUCAGGUGAGUAAAAGUGCAAUGUGGAUGGGAUUAGUGGUGAUAUAGGUGGGGCUAAUUUGGAGAUCCAAGACUGCCAGAUUUUCUGCUUUUGCGAAUGGGUUUUGCAAUUAUUCAUUUCUAGAAUAAUUUUAUUAUGGAUUUUAAAAUGUAUGCUUGGGAUUCUGUGUUGCAUAGCUUUAUCAAAUUCCAUUUGCACCCAUGCCUUUCCUUUUAUGUUGUGCAUCAUGCCAAAGGCAUUUUGUAUGUGGGCAGCAUCGUGGUAUCUUUGCAGAUUUGGUAGGCCCCUGCCCCUUCCCUCUGAGAUUGUUGAUACAACACUGUUAAGUGCAGUCUGGGUCUUUUGCUGUCGUAUGCAAAGUUUACAAUCAUUUUUUGCCAUUUCUUAAGAGUAUCAGUACAUAUAGGCAAAGUUUGGAACAGAAAUAAAAACGUUGGCAAUAUCAUAAUCUUGGCUGAUGCUACCCUCUCCAUCCACAACACGGAUGUCUUGGACCACGUUUUAAGGUCUCCCCCCCCCUUUUUUUUAUACUCUUCACCAUUAACAGAAAGUUGGCUCUGUACUAUAGGAUUUUGUGAUAUUAAUUUCCAGGUAGUUAAUAUGAUGUGGGCAAAGUUUAAAGCCUGUUUUGAAUUGUAACCUUAUUUGCAAUUCUGAGGGGACGUUCAAACAUAGCAGCUCUGAAUUAGUUUUAUUGAUGGUCAAUCUGGCUAUUUUAACAAAUGCUUCAAUUUCCCUGAUGACCUCCAACAGGUUUGUCUCUGGGUCAAAGACCAUCAGGGCAAUGUCAUCAACAGCAAAAACAGCUGAAAUCUGCAUCUAUUUCUUAAGAUACCUUUUAUUUUAUUAUUGUUCUGAAUGUGCAAGGAAGUAACUUACCACUGCAUUAUUGUCUUAUCAGUUUCUUGCAACAUUUUUAAAAUAUGGAAUAUUUUGCGUCAGAAUAUUGAAUUAAAAUAAUAAUAAACCUCACUCAUAUCUUGGGAUUCCAACCUUCAUGUUGCAUGCUAUAAUGUACUUUCUUUAUUGGCUUGUUCAAAUCUUGCAAUAUUCUCGAAAAGUAAAAUGGCUUCCACCUUGCCAAUAUAAACUGAGACUGUUAUAUACAUAUUUCACACACACACAGGGAGAGAGAGAGAUAUACAGCAAACUGAUUUUCUUUUUCAACUUCUUUUCCAGAGCAAAACUAUUGUGAAUCUCGGUAUCACUUCUUGCACUCCACAGACGGUGAAGGAUGUGCAAACAUGUUGGUAGAAUAUUCCUCAUCCAGGGGUUAUCGCAGCGAAGUGGACAUGUUUGUCGCUCAGGCAGUGUUACAGUAUGUGUUUUGAUCUUAAUUUGUUUACACGCUUGUGUGGUUGCUCAGAUAACUUUUUUUAGCCAUAAGGGAAGGAUGGGUUAUUGGUUUGUUGUUGGUUUUCUUUUGUUUUGUAUAUGGUGUUCUCUUUUUUUUUUUUUAUGUUGUGAACCGCCCUGUGAUCUUUAGAUGAAGGGCAGGAUACAAAUGUGAGCCAUUAAAUAAAUAAAGGAGCAGAAAGGUAUACAAGCUCUGCGCCACAGACUAAUCUUGGCCCACCCAGGGUUCCAAAUUGGCCCACAAAGCCAUUUCCCCAGAAACACACCCACUUGUCAGCUGACAUCACUGGGUGACACCCACAGAUGUGCAAGGUUCAAUCCUUCUUGCUGCUGCUUCACCAACACAUUCCCCAGCAGGGACAGAGAGCAGGACUGUGAACCCUGUGCUCAUGGGCAAACCCUUGAGGUAGGUCAGUUUUAUUACCUUCUGUAUCUCUUGAGAUGAGAGAAUAGUGAGAAUGUAGCUGAGGUGGACUUUAAACCACAAGCACCCAGUCCAAGCGACAGCAUUCUACCACCAACGCAAGACUCCACUCUCGACCUUAAUUUCCCUUCUCUAAUACAUUAAUAGCGGUGACGCCAGAGGUUACUGUGAAGGUGACCUGCUUAAUAUGCAAAUUUUCAGGUAUGCUCUGAGCACGAAACAAUAAAGAGUGUUAAGCUCAUUGAGCUCUUCUUGUCCUAGCACUGAUAUUGUACAUAGCUCCUCUUUAAACUUUUGACGUUAUUCAUAACUUCAAAAAUUCUGUUUCCUUUUUUUCAGAUUCCUGUGCUUGAAGAACAAAAGCAGUGCAUUAGUGGUUUUUACGACCUAUACACAGAAGCAUCCUUCCAUAGAAAGAGGACCUCCCUUUGUACAGCCAUUGCUCAAUUUCAUUUGGUUUCUGCUGCUGGCAGUUGAUGGGUAUGGUUUUCUUUUAGCCGCAAAGCACAAUGCUGUCUUUUUUUGCCCUUGUGCCUGGUUUUACAUUCUCUGUUGCUUCUUUUUCAGAGGAAAACUAACAGUAUUUACAGUAUUGUGUGAACAGUAUCAACCUUCAUUGAAGAGGGAUCCUAUGUAUAAUGAAGUAAGUUAACUUUUAAAUUGGUGGAAUUUAAUUCCUUUACGGUCACCUUUAUAAACUUUCAUUUUGCUUCUGUGCUUUUCAGUCCCAUAUGUGCCCCCCAGAGCACUUCACAACACAAUAAAGCAGCAACAGUGCAAUUAAAUUGGAUUCAGAAACAACUUACCUUAGUUUAUAAAAAAAAACCAGCCGCAUCAUAAACUCUAGGAAUCAGACAGCAUAAAAGCACUUCGAAAUAAAACCAUGUUAUCAAUCUCAUGAACCACCCUGAGAUUUACAGAUGAUGGGUGGUAUACAAAUUUUAUAAAUCAUCAUCUUUUUGACGGCUUCAGGGCAAGGUGCUAAACAGUUCUCCCAAGGGAAACAGAUUCAGGGCCUAGGCCCCACCACUGAAAAUGCCCUGUUCUCCAUAUUUGCUGAGCGCAGUGCUCAACGCAUCCUUGCCCAGCCUUGGAUUCCCAGAUGCUGUUGGUUAGCAUGUACACUGCCUUAAGAUGGAGUGUUAUAGGCAGUAUAUAAGUAGUUGUUCUAAAUACAGUGGUACCUUGGGUUAAGAACUUAAUUUGUUCUGGAGGUCUGUUCUUAACCUGAAACUGUUCUUAACCCGAGGUACCACUUUAGCUAAUGGGCCUUCUGCUGCCGCUGCGGCACCACCGUGCGAUUUCUGUUCUCAUCCUGAAGUAAAGUUCUUAACCCGAGGUACUAUUUCUGAGUUAGCGGAGUCUGUAACCUGAAGUGUCUGUAACCUGAGGUACCACUGUAAACCCAUUAGUCCCAGCCAGCAUGGCCAGUAGGUAACAUCUGCAGGGCCACAGGUGGUUUUUAUGAUGGUGAUGAUUGCUAUUUAGAGAGGCUGCCUUAAAGGAUAGCAUGCAGAUCAACCUUGCUUUCAGUGUCCCCUAAAUCAGGGUUACAAAGCACUGUGUGUGUGUAGAGACUAAUUCAGGAGGGGGUGAUACUUACAUGGGACUUUCAAGUGUUCAAAGCACCUCACAUAUCACUAAUACUGUAAAGUAGGCUGAUAUCAGUGGCAGACUUUGGGCUUUCAAAUUUCAGUGGCGUCCUGUAUGAUGCCAAAGCUCAGUGUCCUCCACCUCUUGCUUUCUAAGUCAUUGUUGUGGCACCCAUUGCGGGCGAAUCAGUUGUGCUCCCCUAAAUCUGCCUCUGCUGAUAUUACUAUCCCCCAGAUUGCAGAUAGAGGUGCUGAAGCUGAGAGAAUAGCAGUGUGCCUUGAAGUCAUCUGGCAAGUUCAUGGCUGCACUGCAUGUAUUUGACAUUCGCAGCUAAGCCUCACACCUGCAAUGCGGCACCCAAAAAGUAGUAAUGCAAUCUGUGAGCGUGAGACUGGAGGGAAUGGGGUGGGGAGAGGCAAACCAGGUGUGAUUCUGUUGCUAGAAAUUAAUUGGUUUUCCCUGUGAAGGAAUUAUUGUGGUUCAGUCGGACAUCAAACCAUGGUUAAGGAUCUUUAAUGAUAGUUUGGCAGGGUAUCGAAACUGAUACACCAUAGUUAUGGCCGUUAAUUCUCCUUUAGGGAAUUGUCAUAGACUAAGGAAUGGACUUAAUGGAGCUGAGUGGUGGGAAACUGAAAAUAGCUUUCCACAGUGGUUAAUAUGUAGUACAUUUGGAGGACUGAGCUGUGGUUUGGAUUCUGAUCUACAAAUGCAAACCAUGGCUUUGUGUGGUGUCUGAAUUGAGACAGCAAUAACGACAAUAAUAACUACAACUAAUCCAGAAUGCGGCAGCUAGACUGGUGACUGGAAGUGGCUGCUGAGACCGUAUAACACCGGUCCUGAAAGACCUACAUUGACUCCCGGUACAUUUCCGAGCACAAUUCAAAGUGUUGGUGCUGACCUUUAAAGCCCUAAGCGGCCUCAGCCCAAUAUACCUGAAGGAGCGUCUCCACCCCUGUCGUUCAGACACUGAGGUCCAGCUCCAAGGGUCUUCUAGUGGUUCCCUCUCUGCAAGAAGUGAGGUUACAGGGAACCAGGCAGAGGGCCUUCUCGGUAGUGGCACCCACCCUGUGGAACGCCCUCCCAUCAGAUGUCAAGGAAAUAAACAACUAUCUGACUUUUAGAAGACAUCUGAAGGCAGCCCUGUUUAGGGAAGUUUUUAAUGUUUGAUGUUUUAUCGCGUUUUUAAUAUUCUGUUGGGAGCUUCCCAGAGUGGCUGGGGAAACCCAGCCAGAUGGGCGGGGUAUAAAUAAUAAAUUAUUAUUAAUAUAACAUUCCCUCUUUCUUGUGCUUUUUUAGUAUCUAGACAGAAUAGGACAGCUCUUCUUUGGUGUCCCACCCAAACAAACAUCAUCCUAUGGAGGACUAUUAGGUGAGUUUAACACCAUAGAUAAACAAGAUAAUCUAAAUGAAAAGAGACUGAUGGGUGCUUGUCACUCAUUGUCAUCUGAAGUACUGUAGCUUACAGGGCUUAGGGCUUGUGUGUACUGACACCAGUUUUCCUACUUACAGCAGUCUGCAUUUUGUCAGAAAAAUAGCAGUGUCCCUCAAUCUAGAAAGCUACCUGUCAGCUAAUCCAAUGUUUCCUGCUGCAUGUUUGACACAACACUAGUGUCUCGUCACCAGGUUACUCAACCCUGGCAGACAACCAAGUGACAGCUGUCAUUUCAGCCUAUCUCUCAAACAGAAUGUGGGAACUUGCCCUUCCACUGGGCAUUCGAAAAUGGCCGCUUCUUGAUACUUUCCCCUUGUCCUGUACUUCCAUCCUAGGCAAUCUUUUAAACAGCCUGAUGGUAGCUGGGGAGGAGGAUGACACGGAAGAUGGACAGGAAGACAGCAGCCCCAUUGAACUGGAUUGAGACCUUCCAGAGCAGCUUGGAAUCUGACCAUGUGCUCACUGGGGGAUAAAAGAAAGAAAAGACACUUUGAGAACGAGUCCUGCAGUCGUUUCUCAACAGGUCAAAGGGCUCCUCUGUUCUGUUUAAAAGAAGGUUGCUGAGAUGUUCAUAAUGUUUUGGUCUAUAUUAUUUAUGUAAAAAUGCAAUGGGGUAGCCAAGAGAGCUGAUUUGGUGUGAUCAUUAGUGGACCUCUGAUAACGCUGGCUGGUGAUGGACUGAGAUGUAGCCUUCUCUGUGAUUCCAUGAGCAGUACUCCCUCUUUUCACAGUCACACUAAAUAAAGCUGAAACACACAUUUGUUGCUUUACAUUUUUUAAAAAACUACACUUUUGUUUCAGUAAACUAAUAAAUUAAGCGCUUAACUGUCACCAAGGGACCCCGUAAAAUGCAGAGUUGUAAUUGCUGUAGCGGAUGAUCGGUAGACCCGGUGCCAAAAGCGUUUCAAGAUGAGCCAAAGAAAUCAAAACCCCAAGCAGAAAUACCAAAUUAAUUACCACUGUAGAAAAUGAUAUGAUUUGGAAACCCAGGGUGAUUUUGAAUAUAGCGUGUGGGCUGUGAACUGACCAAAUCAUCUUUAAGGUCUUGCUCCACUCUUAAUAUAUGUGAUUUAAUGUGAGUGGAUCACUUGAAUACCGAAGGCUUAAUCAAAGUAGACCCUCUCUGAGUCCAGUUAACACUGUAUGUAUAUGUACUGUGGCUGAAAUACUUUUCAUUCCCCGAGAGACAGCAUUUCCCCCCCCUACACCCAUUCAGUGAUCUUGCUACAACCCAGCCAAAACACUGCAUUUUGGCAGACGAAACAGAGCAUGCAAAUAUUUGAAACAGGGUGAUCCUUGGAGAAGGGGAAGCUGCAGACCUCUUGGUUCUUUCUUGUUCAAUAUUUAUUUUUAUGGGAUGAUUUAUUGAUUCAUUUUAACACUUUAUGUAAAAAAAGAAAAGAACAAAAUUACAAGUAACUGCAAACCACAUGUUAGGCUUAAUAUAAUUCUACAUCUUGUCUCCAUUAAUGCACAACACCAGAUGUUAGCGGUAUGAUUAAAAGAUGAAAUGGGGGAAACACUUUAUUUUUUCACAUUUAAAAUUUUAAAAAGGCUUAGAUUAAUACAGUGAUCAUGCAUGAGGGGGAAUAAUACGUUUUUAUUUACUGUAAAAAUAAAAAUAAAAGGAUGAAUUUGUGUUAAUUGUUGAGUAUUAAAUAAAUACUUUAUACUGGG